UAGUAACGUGAGUAGCAACGUUGCCUUACCCUUGUCGUUCUUGCAGAGUGAGUUCUAACUGAAAAUUAAACGAAGAAGAGAGAGAGAGAGAGGAAAACCAGGAAGGUUGAAGUACAACUAUAGGUUUUGCCAUGGCUCAGAAUAGCAGGAAGAAGCCUAAUAUUCUAGUGACCGGAACCCCGGGGACGGGUAAAACGACCACAUCAUCUCUGCUGGCCGACGCGACGCAGCUCCGCCGUAUCAACGUGGGCGAACUAGUGAAGGAGAAGAACUUGCAUCAAGGAUGGGACGACGAAUUCGAUUGUCAUGUCAUUGACGAAGACCUGGUGUGUGAUGAGCUUGAGGACUUGGUGGAAGAAGGGGGAAACAUUGUUGACUACCAUGGUUGUGAUUUCUUCCCUGAGUGUUGGUUUGAUCAUGUAGUUGUCCUUCAAACUGACAAUUCUGUGUCGUAUGAUCGCUUAAGCAACAGAGGCUACAUGGGUUCAAAGCUCACAAACAAUAUUGAAUGCGAAAAUUUUCAAGUGUUGCUGGAGGAGGCAAAGGCAAGUUAUCCAGAGGAAAUCGUGGUGGCAAUGCAGAGUAAUUGUGUUGAUGACAUAAGUAACAAUGUAGCCACUUUGACAGAUUGGGUGAGGAGUUGGCACUCAGCAUCAUAAUCACAUCAUCAUUGCUCUUCCAGGUGUAUUCUUAUCCAUGACACUAUGGCAGCCCCAUUUUACCUUACUGCUAUGUUUGGUUUUAAGGAAAAAGUAGGGAAAGGAAGGGAAAGAGAGGGAAACCUUUACAAACAUUGUAUAAGUUUCCCUACCUUUCCCUACCUUUCCCUAUCUUUUCCUUCAAACCAAACAUAACCUACUGGAAAAGGCUUCAUGGAAGUCUGUUUUGGGUUGAAGCACAUAACUGGGAAAGAAAUUUAUCAUGUCAAAGAUAGAUGACCAUCUUUGCUAUAUUGUUUCAUCUUUGUCUGAUGGCUUUGCUAUAAUAAUGUGUUAAAAGAGUUCAGUGGCAUAACAGGGCUUAUUCAUUGAUUUGGAGCUGAAAUUGUUGAUUACCACUGAGAUGUUACAAAAAAUAUGCUCGGUACCAAGAGUCUGGUUGUUGCCUUAACUGACGAUUAUUCUUUUUAAUCAUUAAUAGAAAAUUGUGGGCAAAUAUAAAGACAAACUUUAUAUCCAAUUCAAUGUGGAAUUCAGGGCAGCUAGAUUAUUUUUUUUCUUUUUCUGAUUAUGUGCUGAGAGAUAUUAUAGACAUUCUACUUUUUGAGGUGGUGUUGCUGCCAAGGAUGGGCUGAGGGCAACAAGGUAACUUCACUUCCUUAGCUGAUAAGUCCAAUCUGAGGAGAAUGCACGUCAGAGGCCUCGGGUAUUAUCCCAGGGGAGGAGUCUCCGACGAUCAAGUUAGUCAAGUGCACACAAGGGGAUUGGACGAGAGGCCUGAGGAGAGAAUUCCGACAAGGUCACCCAAGG